AUGCGGCCCGAUCCGACGCACGGUCCGAUCCGACCCGGUUUCACGAUUCGAUGCUGGCUGAUCCUGGCAGGCAGGGCCGACGGCGUCCCUGCGGGAGAGGGUGGUCGCGAGAGCCUCCGGGGACGUGCUGGAGGUCGCCGUCGGCGCCGGCGGCAACCUCGAGACUACAACAGGGACAGGGUCAGGUCGCUCACCAGCGCUGGCGGGCGCUGGUGGAUGCUGGAGGUCGCCACCGCCAGGGCCCACGAGGAGCUCGGCUCGAUCCCGCUGAAGGUGGUCCAGGCCGACUGCUCGGCGAUGGCCUCCAUCGAGGACUGCAGCUUCGACACGGUGCUGGACACCUACGGUGUGUGCUCCUUCGAGGACCCCGUGCGGGCUCUGUCGGAGAUGGCGCGGGUCUGUCGGCCCGACGGGCGCGUGCUGCUGCUGGAGCACGGGAUGGCCUCGCUGGGCCCGCUGCGGGCGCUGCAGGCCUUCUUCGCGGAGCCCUGGGCGUGGCGGCACGGCUGCCGGUGCGACUUCGACAUCCUGGCGCUCGUCGAGGCGUCGGGGCGCCUCGAGGUCGCGCGGGUGGAGCGCCGCACCCUGGGCAUGACCUACGUGCUGGUCUGCAAGCCGCGGCCAGGGGCAGCGGCUCCCGCCGCCACCGAGGUGGAGGACGGCGAGGAGGAGACGGUCAGAGGCCCCGGCGGCGCUGGCGGGGCGGCCGCAGACCCCCCCGCCGCGGCGGGCUCCAGCGGGCCGCCCGCCACCGCGGAAGAGCUCGGGCCGCGGUGGCACCUUGGCGGCCGCCGCCGCUGGGCGUGGCAGCACGACGGCGGGGCCGCCAACGGCUGGAUCGAGUUCGGCACGGGCGGCGCGCUGUGGACCUCGUUCGACAAGGGGCGCGGCGACGAGUCCUGGGAACUUCGCUCGGACGGCCAGAUCGUUGCCACCUUUGGGCGCUGCCACCACGUGCUGGCGCUGGUGCCGAGCACACCGGACAGCGCAGCGCCCACGUUCCAGCUGCGGGAACGCCUCAUGCGGGACGGUUCGGCCGUCCGGAAUCGGGGCGCCGGGCUCCGAACGCGCGGGCUGCUGCUGGAGCCCGAGCCGCGCGCGGGCGGCGCGCUGCCCGCGUCGGAGGAAGCAUAAUGGCGGCCGCACGGCCCAGCCAGUCAGUCUGAGGGGAGAGGACCUGGGGGACAUGCCUGUAGGAGGACUUGCCCGAGUCACUCUCUUUGGCGUGUACAGCCCGAGAGGCGCCGGGCGAGGGGGCCGCCGCCUCUCGGCGGCGGCGGCGCGGGCGGCUCCCGCGGAGGAGAGCAGUGGCGGAGCAGUGGCGGAGCGUCCCAGCGUUCGCUCCUCGUUGGCCGUGC